AUGGCUUCCAUAGCUCUUUUCUUCCUACACCUUCUCUUUCUAUUGUCUAUUUUCCAACCCUCACUUGCAACUAGACGACUCACUGAGUUAGUCCAGAACUCGUCUCCCCUUUUGCAAUACCACAACGGUGCCCUCCUCACCGGCGACAUCUCCGUCAACCUCAUUUGGUACGGCAACUUCAAGCCCUCUCAGAAAGCCAUCAUCACCGAUUUCAUCACCUCCCUCUCCUCCGCCUCACUCAAAUCCCAGAUCCAACCUUCCGUCGCCACAUGGUGGAAGACAACAGACAAAUACUACUCAAAAACAAAGAAACCCUCCCUCCGACUUGGUAAACAAGUAUCCGACCCGGAUUGCUCACUCGGGAAAUCAUUAACAGACAAGCAUCUCCUCCAGUUAGCUGCAAACGGCGAACCAACGAACGCCGUGAACAUCGUGUUAACGGCAAAGGACGUGGCAGUUUCUCGUUUUUGCUCCGGUAGGUGUGGAACCCAUGGCCAUGGAUCAUCUUCCAUUGUAAAAGGUAAAAGCAACAAGUUUGCUUACAUCUGGGUUGGCAACUCGGAGACUCAGUGUCCUGGUCAAUGCGCGUGGCCAUUCCAUCAACCGAUCUACGGACCACAGGGUGCACCACUGAUCGCACCGAACAACGACGUGGGUGUAGAUGGAAUGGUUAUAAAUCUGGCUACUCUCUUGGCUGGAACUGCUACAAAUCCAUUUGGGAAUGGGUAUUAUCAGGGGGAUGCUGGUGCACCAUUAGAAGCUGCAUCUUCUUGUUCGGGGGUGUAUGCGAAAGGGGCCUAUCCAGGGUAUGCCGGAGAUUUGUUGGUGGAAUCGACGACGGGUGCAAGUUUCAAUGCACAUGGUACAAACGGAAGGAAGUAUUUGCUUCCUGCUUUAUUUGACCCUUCUACUUCUAAAUGUUCUACUUUGGUUUAA